GCUUUGACCACAGAAGACGUUUCUAUAAUUGACAAUUAUAAUCGGUCAAACUUUUAUGUAUUGAUAUUUCAACAUGGUGCACGACGCUAUCUGCGUCCUGCUGGUGUUGCAGGCUAUGACCAUUUCCAGUUCAUUAGAACCUUGUAAUGAUGUGAACACUGCCGUCUGUCAUAUGAUGGCCACCAAAGAUUCCUCUCUCUGCUCUAAUUCUUGUUUACGGUCCCUGUGUAAACGGUUCUGUGGGACUUGUCCCCCCCAGAUCGAAUGCUUCCAGUGUAGCCAGGUUAGAAACCCAAAUACUUGUAAUACAACAGUGACGUGUGCAAAGUUAAACGAGACAUGUUUCGUCAGUGAAUAUACGGACGUUUACUCAAAUACACUAUAUCAACUGGGAUGUGCGCCAAAACAGGUAUGUGUAGAUCAUUUUAAUUACAACGAGACUUUGGGGAUGACAAUAAUCCACGGUUCUGAUGACCAAGGUAGCGGGGCGUGCUGCGGGAGCAACCUAUGUAACAACCAGACUCACAGGGAUUUGAUUAACAUUGCAGUUUCAGCAAUCACCAUGACUACCACAGCUCCACUUGGAAUGCGUCGCAGUUUAUACGUCAGGUCAGAGUCGGAAUGUGCCGAUAUGGGGACAGACAUAUGUACACUUCUCUCCCACACUGUCCCUGAUAUGUGCGAGAACCCCUGCAUACUUGCAGUAGUGUGUCCUCGGACCUGUCAGAGGUGUUUGUCCUGUCAUACGUGUGAACAUGCUAAUCAACCUUCAGGGUGUAACCAAACCAGGAUAUGUGAAGAAGGGCAGCUCUGCUACUCUUUGAAGACGAUUAGUUUGAUGCUUGAACAUGGCUACAGACUUGGAUGCAUGGACAAAUAUAUAUGUGAUAGAUUCCACAAAGAGGCUCCUAUAGCUUUCGGUCGGCGCGGACGACAGUCAUUGGAACUGUCCCUCAAUGGCGGCUGUUGUUCCACCGACCUUUGUAACAACAGGGAACUGCAUGGCGAUGUGACGUCACUUCCUGUGUCGCUGCCAUUAAUUACGUCAACGAUGACGCCCCCUGUCGACUUGGGGACAUCAACUACAGCAAGGUUAUGCCCAGCUAGUCACACCAAUUGUUCUGACGAUUUCAUGCGACACGGAACAGAUUGUUACCACACCAGUAGACAGACCAUGGAUUGGGACAUGGCAAAGGGUUACUGCCAUGAAAAAUGUGCCGAGCUUGUAAAAUUUUCAUCAGCCGAUUUCGCCCUCCAGGUUCUACAACAGCUAUACUUUAGUGGAGGACUCGAAGAAAUGUACUUCACGGACGCGCAGUACAAUGUGAAUUCUGACGGCUGGGAGUGGAGCAGUACAGGCGAAGCUAUACCCUCUUCUCUUCUACCCAGACCCGUCAACAUCACCAAUGACAUCUGUGGCGCUGUCGGUAUCCGGCGUUACUAUCACGGACUAACCAUCAAUUUUCCGCCAACAGAUUGCUUAUUGAAACUUCCAUCAAUUUGUCAAAUAUCUCUCUUGUAAACAGUAAAAUAAUUUUCGAAAGGUU